CUGCGAGAGCGCUGUAGACCUGAGUGGAAAUUGCCUCUCUCUUGGGGCUGCCGCUAAACCCUUGCGUGAGCUUUGCGUUGAUAUUGUAUUUCACACCCCCUGUGCCUCGGCUUGAAGAAGCCGGCUGGACUAGUCCAGAUGGAUGAAAUUCUGAGCUGCAGACCGGAUGACCUGGAAGAUUACUACAACUUGCUGGGAUGCAAUGAACUAUCUACGGUUGAACAAAUUAUUGCAGAAUUUAAGAUUAAAGCCCUUGAAUGUCAUCCUGACAAACAUCCUGGAAACCCCAAAGCAGUGGAGAACUUCCAGAAGCUACAGCAAGCUAAGGAGAUUCUUGCUAAUGAAGAGAGUCGAGCACGUUAUGAUUACUGGCGACGAAGCAAAAUUGCCAUUCCAUUCCAGCAGUGGGAGGCCCUGAGCAAUUCUGUGAAAACGUCAAUGCACUGGGCUGUCCAAAGUAAGAAGGACCAAAUGCUGGAAGCUCCUGACUUGAGUAAUAACAGGAACGUAACUAAUGAGAUUUGGACCCAACAGACUGAAAACAAUGAAGAUGGAUUGUCGGAUGGGAGCAGGGAGCAAGGAGAUGUUGCAAUUCCUGAUGCGAGACCACAGUCUUCAAAGAAUCCAGACUCCCCAAGAUUUUCAGAGGCAAAUUACUGGCACUUGCGUUUCCGCUGGUCAGGGGACGCUCCAUCAGACCUUCUGAGGAAAUUCAGAAACUAUGAGAUCUAAAAUGUGCAAGAGUGUGCAAUCAUCUGUUCGACAAGUCAGUAUUUUUUUGGUCAGCAGUUACUUGUAUUUUGUAUUCAUUCAUUGUGAUGUGAAUGUUUGAAUAAAUGUCUGAAUACUGAUUUGUUGCCACACACUCUCUGAGCAUUACAGAUGGAGGUCUUUUUGUUUAAUAAGCAAACUUUAAUAAGCAAAGCUUUUUUCAGUAUUAAAAUAAAGUGAUUUUGUGAAAUUAUCUAACAUGUUAUGUAUUGUAUCUUGUAUUCUUAAAUACUGUGUAGUGAAUAUUUUUCUCCAUUCUGUGAUGUUACGAGGAAUGUACUCUCAGUAGAACCAAAAGUCAACGUUAAGACUCCAGCAUAUCAUCCUAUUCAGUGAUGAUUUUCCAAAAGUGUAUGACAAUGUACUUCAAACAAAACUGUGCUUGUUUCUAAACUGUGUACUCUAGUUCUCCAUUACUGCAGUGAUUUACAAUGCACGCAUGCACAAUACUAUUACAAAUGUAACUUGUUGGAGAAUUGUGAUCUUAGGAUAUAGAUGAAAUAAGAAGGUUCUUAUUAUCCAAGGUCAAGCACUCCUAAAAAUCACUUGCUUUCUAUCUUAAGUACGCUUUUUGCUCCAGCUAUUUACUUUGGAAGGCAGUUCCAGAACUUCACUUCUCCAGUUAGCAACUACUUCUUCUAAAGAUUUAUUGAUGGACAACUGAUACCCCUUGCAUCUGUGCCAGCAUUGUUCUGUGGCUUAAUAGUAAUUUCCCUCCCUGCUCUUGCCUGGUAGACAGGGUCCUGUCGGGGUUUUGUACGGUGAGGAAUGAAGAAUUGGGGCAGUCAGCGUUCAUGUGUACAAAAUCUCACGUUAAAUGGUUUUGAUAUUUUGAUAUAGAAUUGUCAAAUCCUACAUUGUGCUUGUUGAUUUUGUAUUUUCUUUUUUCUCUGUAAACCUGGCUAAAUAGGUCAGGUAUCAACAUUGUGGUUUUGUGCAGGCAAGUGAUUCCAUCAGCAACAAAUAAAACUGCAUGCAUCCAGAAAA